CUAGAACCAACUUGUGUGGUUCAUCGGAGGGGUAUAGUUUUGUCAAAGAAGAAGAAAGCAGAAGGAGAAGUGGAGCAUUACAUUGGAUUUGGGUGAUGAAGCUCGUCACUUCCAACCCAAACUUACCUAAGUUGCCUUUCUGGAGGGGAAGUUCCAUUAGAAAUGGAGUAAGAACACAUGGAAUGGUAGAAGAUAUUGGAAAGAAAUUUGCGGGACGAGAAUUAAGUGACAAUGAUGAUGACGAUGACGAUGAUUCAUCAACGAAAAAGGGUGAGAUGGGUGAUGCAUAUCAUUUUGAUGAUGACGAGCGACGUGAAUGGAGGGCCAAGAUUAGGGACGUUCUUUGUAAGCAUCCUGAAAUUCAGGAGGAGCUUGACCCAGUUGAAAAGUUGAACCAGAUGCAAAAGCUUCUGGCUGAUUAUCCUCUGGUUGUAGAUGAGGACGAUCCAGAUUGGCCUGAAGAUGCUGAUGGCUGGGGUUUCAACCUGGGCCAGUUCUUUGAUAAGAUCACUAUCAAGAAUGCCAAGAAGGAUAAGGAUGAUGAGGAUUAUGAUAGUGAGAAUGAAGUAGUAUGGCAAGAUGAUAAGUAUAUUCGUCCAAUCAAACAAAUUAAGAUUGCUGAAUGGGAAGAGACUGUAUUCAAGGACAUUAGCCCUUUAAUCAUUCUUGUGCACAACCGCUACAAAAGGCCAAAAGAAAAUGAAAGAGUUUGGGAUGAGCUGGAGAAAGCUGUGCACGUCAUAUGGAAUUGCAGCCUGCCUUCACCAAGAUGUGUAGCAGUUGAUGCUGUAGUCGAGGAUGCUUUGGUCUCUGCUCUAAAAGUGUCUGUCUUUCCAGAAUUAAUAUUCACUAAAGCUGGGAAAAUUUUAUACCGUGAGCAAGCUAUUCGAACUGCAGAUGAGCUGUCGAAAAUGAUGGCAUUCUUUUAUUAUGGAGCUGCCAAGCCACCCUGUUUAGAUUGUAUUGGAAAUAGCCAGGAAAUGAUCCCAUCAGUUGCCAUCAAGAGAUAAAACAAUUUGGUAGUUACCAACCAGUUGCCCUAAACAUUUGUAUCAAAAAUUUUGAUGUGGAUGUAGUUAAAUUUAUCUAUUAAAUGGUGGUUAUUGUAUUAUUGUAAAUGAUAAAAAUGGUUGACUGAUUCUGUUUAGGUUAUAUUGAGAGGUUUCAGUUUAUUGCUUUUCUUACA